UCUAACGUGUCCUCCGUGUAUCGCAGACGGAAGAAUCCAAAGUCGAGCAGAAAACGACAAAACUGUGCGAAACAGAGUCGAUAAGAGAGGGGGAAACAGUAUAAAGAGGAUGUCAACCCCUUCACCCCACGAUCGCAGCCGCAAUGACGAUGAGGAUGACCCCGUCGAACAGAUGAUAUCACGGACCGGCUGUGCAGAGCUACAUUAUGCCGUGCAAGAGUGCAUGGCUGAACACCAGGACUGGCGAGCUUGCCAGAGCCAGGUCAGGACUUUCAAAGACUGCAUGAUGGAUUUCCAAAAAGCCCGCAAAGAACACCUGAUGACGCAGCAGCCAAAGUCCACCGAGCCCACAGCCAGCUGAAUUCACCAAACACUGCCUCACGUGGUUGAAGACUGCACCCAGUUUAAUAAUUUGUGAUGAAAGUAGAGAGCUGGCUAUUAUGAAAUGUGAGUUCUUGUCCACUGUAUCACAGACUAAUAUCACAUUCACAUUGGCUUAACUAGGAAAUAUUGUUUAUUGUACAUCAUUGGUCACUACUGUGAAAAAAGUAAAAAUUUAUUUAUUUUUGUUUAUCAAUAAAACAACUGAUUCGAAA